AAUUUUUUUUUUGUAAUAUUUUUUCUAACUUUAUUGAUAUAUUUAUUAAAAUCUCCCUACAUUUUCUCCAUCGCCAAUUCCAACCGUGUCGAACUCGAUGAUUUCUUUCCCCUAUUUACUCAACUCAUCAUCAUCGUUCACCAUCUUCCGUCGGCAGUGAAUUCUCCAAAAUGGCGUUGAUAUAAAAGAUGCGACCACGACCCGCGACAUGCUGUCGAACUCCCCCAUGGCUCCACGCUUCACGACUCUCCCGCGUGCCUCCGAAGACCUGACCUUCGCGGCGCCUGAACGAUGCGCUCAUGGCUCCAGUUGGCUCCGGCUCCGGCACCGUUGCGCCCGCACAUUGAAGCUCUGCAGAGACCCCGAGCGCCUGAAGCCCCUGAAGUGCCUCCUGAUCGUGAGUGGACUCGCUGAGGAACGUCUCUUGAUCGGCGAGCUCGUCAAGUCCUGUUUCCGUUUGGGUGAUCCCUGUUUAGCUCUGUCUUCUUUCCGGGGCACCCGCAGAGUGACCCUGUCGUUGCAGAAUUCGAUGGUCAGGGGCCUCUGCGAUCUUGGGUUGUACGAGCAAGUGAUGCGGGUUUACGGGAGGUGUCGAAGUGCUGGUUGCCCGUCGGACAACUUCACUCUGCCUUUUGUGCUCAAGGCUUGUUCCGCUCUUGGUGCCCUUGAUGUUGGGAAGGAGAUACACUGUGUUGCUUUGAGAGCUGGGUUUGAGGCCAAUGUUGUGGUGCAGACUGCGCUGCUAGAUUUCUACGCGAAAACUGGUCGUUUGGAGGUUGCAGACAAGCUGAUUGAUUUAAUUCCCGAGCCAGAUUUGGUUUCUUGGAACGCCCUGAUUGCUGGCUCUUCUCUGAAUGGCCUUCAUAAGAAAGCGCUGGAGCUUUUCGGGAAGAUCCGUGCGAUGGGAUUGAAUCCUAAUGUUAUGUGCAUAACAGGCUAUUGGAUGAAAGUCUGGCUGUCUUCUCUGAAAUGCAAUUUGUAGGAUUGACUCCAGAUCCUGUUUCAAUUGUUAGUAUUGUUUCUGCAUGCUCCAAACUUAAAUCCAUUUUAUUGGAAAAUCUGCCCAUGCAUUUAGUGAGAAAAUGGAUGUUGUCUCUAACCUUAACGUGUCAAAUGCUCUCCUGGCAUUUUACUGUGAAUGUCAUGACCUUUCUUCCUCAUUUGCUCUAUUUAACAGAAUGGCCUCAAGAGACAUUGUAUCAUGGAAUACUUUAAUUUCGGGGUGUGUACGCACUGGACAAAUUGAAAAAGCGUGGGAGCUCGGUCGCCUAAUGCAAAAGGAAGAAAUGAAGUUGGAUUUUGUAAGUCUAAUAAGUAUUCUCCCAAGUUAUGUUUCCAUUAACUAUUUGCUGCAAGGGAUGAUUCUGCACUGUUACGCCAUCAAAAUGGGGUUCACCUGGGACGUUGCUUUAGUAAAUGCUCUCAUUAGCAUGUAUUGUAACUGUGGAGAUCUCGAUUCUAGUAGUUUGCUCUUUAAGAUCAUGCCUGGAAGAGAUUUAGUCUCAUGGAAUGCUCUAAUGACUGGCUUUCGAAACAAAAAACUUGAUGGUGAUGUCCUUGUGUUGUUUCAUCGAAUGAUGGAGGAGGAUCAGAAUACACCAAAUGAUGUUACUUUGAUAAAUUUAUUGCCUUCAUGUUGUUCGCAGCUGCAAGGCAAGUCCAUACACGCCUUUGCUCUGAGAAGAGGGAUUCUUCGAGACCCUCCCUUACUUACAUCACUUGUAUCCAUGUACACCAGAUUUGACGAUAUCAGAUGUAGCCUCAGGUUGUUUGAAAUGGGAGAUAAGUUGGACAUCUCUUUGUGGAAUUCCUUAAUGAGCAUGCAUGUCCAAACAAAAAAUUCAUACAAAGCAGUUGAUGCUUUCUGCCGGUUGCUUUGUAUGGGAUUGGAGGCUGACCAUGUUACGGUCCUGAUCUUAAUUUCUGCUUCUGCUCAGCUAACUAUCGCGAACCUUGCCCAUUCUGUGCUAUCUUACGUGAUACGGAAGGGCUUCGAGAAAGAUAUUGGGAUCAACAAUUCCCUUAUUGACUUGUAUGCAAGAUGUGGAAACUUAUCGAUAGCGAGGGAUCUAUUCAAUAGUUCCGAUGAAAAGGACUUAGUCUCCUGGAGCGUGAUGAUUAAUGCAUAUGGGAUGCAUGGAAAUUUUGAGGCUGCUCUCGACCUUCUCUCGCAGAUGGAACUCACUGGCAUGAAACCGGAUGCCAUCACAUAUUUAAGUAUCCUGUCAGUUUGCAGCCAUGCUGGCUUAGUUCAUCAAGCCAAGAUGAUUUUUCAUUCUAUGGUUGAACAGGGAGUAUCUCCAAACACAGAACACCAUUCUUGCAUGGUAGACCUCCUCGGAAGAAGAGGACAUCUGGAUGAGGCCUUCGAGAUUGCUAAAGGGUUGCCUCAUCUAGCUUCCACUGCCCUUCUCGAGUCUUUGUUGGGUGCUUGUUCUGUGCAGGGAAAUGCUGAAAUCGCAGAGGGAGUUUGCAAGAUGCUGUUGGAAAUGGACCCGAGCAACUCUGUAUCAUUUGUGAUGCUCCAUAAUACGUAUGCAGUGGCAGGACGGUGGAUCGAUGCUGGUAGAGUGAGGUCUGACAUGGAAAGGAGGAGGUUGAGAAAAGUUCCUGGUUAUAGUCUUGUUCAUGGAAGUUAAAAAAAUCACGAUCAGUAUACCUGUUGGAUUUUUUACUUAGCAGAAUGAAAUUUCAGUCCUAUCAUUCAGAGAAUUCACAAGCCAUAGCCAUACAUGAUUGGCAGUAUUUUUCCAGCAAAUUCAUUGGAAUCCCUUGUGAGGGAGUCACGUGGUAAAGGAAGAUCAGCGAGGCGAGGCAGAGUGAUCUAUUCUGACAUUCUGGGGAGUGCUCACCAUCUGAAGUUUGCUUGGAGAUUUUGAGGGAUUUUUACUUCGUAUGGUUGUGAUAUGUUGCAGAACAAAAAAAAAAUGGUUGUGAUAUCUUGCACAUUGGUCCAUUUUUGGAUUUACAAACUGCAUAAUAUCAGUUGAAGAAGUUUGAAAAUGCGCCGGCGCUGCGUUGUUCACGUGCGGGUCAACCUCAAAAUAGUAAACUUUCAAUGCCAAGUUUUUUAACAAUAAAUUGGAUCCUAAUGCAACAUUUGAACUUCAGUAUGGUGGAUGAUGUAAACUGUUGCCUUAAGUGCAGAAGCGCUGGUUUAUUGUAGAAAGCCGCCAAACAGAAAUCGAAUCCGGUCAUUGAUUGCA